ACCAUCCUACCACCCCAACACAUCCACCACCAUGCCUCAAAAAGCCAUCAUCGUGACCUCCCCCAAGCAGGGCGGUCUCGUCACCGACCGCCCCAUCCCCACCCUCCGCGACGACUACCUCCUCAUCAAGGUCGUCAGCGUGGCCCUGAACCCCACCGAUUGGAAGCACAUCGCCUUCCUUGCACCUCCCGGCGCUCUGGUCGGCUGCGACUACGCCGGUAUCGUCGAAGAAGUUGGCCCCGCCGUCAAGAAGUCCUUCAAGAAGGGUGAUCGGGUCUGCGGCUUCGUCCACGGCGCCAACGCCGUGCAGCACGAAGACGGCACCUUUGCCGAGUACAUCGUUGCCAAGGGUGACAUCCAGAUGCACAUUCCCGAGAACCUCAGCUUCCAGGAAGCCGCGACGCUGGGAGUGGGUAUCACCACCGUUGGCCAGGCCCUUUACCAGAGCUUGAAGCUGGCCCUUCCCACGGAGCCGGCCACGAACGGCGGCGAGAUCCUGAUCUACGGUGGCUCGACGGCCACCGGAGCGUUGGCCAUCCAGUUCGCCAAGUUGUCCGGAUACACGGUGCUGACGACGUGCUCGCCCCGGAACUUUGAUCUGGUGAAGAGUCUGGGUGCGGAUGUCGUGUUCGAUUACAAUGCCCCUAACUCGGCGGCGGAGAUUCGCAAGUACACGGGGGAUAAGUUGAAGUUGGUACUCGAUACCAUCUCGACCGAGGACAGUGCCAAGUACUGUGAUGAGGCGAUUUCGACCGAGGGCGGAGAGUACAGUGCUCUGUUGGCGGUGGGCAUUGAGCGCGCCAAUGUCAAUGAUCGUUGGACGUUGGCGUACACCGCGAUUGGCGAGGACUUUAUGUUCGGCCCGGAGCUGUGGCCCGCCAAGCCUGAGGAUAAGGAGUUCCAGGAGACAUUCUGGGGCAUUGCGGAGAAGCUGUUGGCGGAGGGUAAGGUGAAGGUGCACCGUCCGAGCGUGCGUCCGGAUGGAUUGAAGGGUGUGUUGGAGGGACUGGAGCUGCUCAAGGCCGACAAGGUCAGUGGGGAGAAGCUGGUCUACAACAUUGCCGAGACUCCUUAGACGAGUACUCUUUCUUUCAUGUUAUUUAAUUUAAUGAACGGGUCUUUAUCGAGUACCUCGGUUGAAUGCGUACACUGCACCGGAUUGGUCAUUGGAUCGGGUGUCUUGGCGGAGUGGGGAUCCGCUUCCAGAGCGGAAACUAAACUGGAUCCGGAAGGGGGUGCCGGGAUGCAUUUUCAGGGAUGGCAUCACAGCUAGGGAGGUUCCUAUCAGCUGCUAUUCUGCAUUGUGUACCUCUAAUUG